AUGACUUCUGAAGAUAAAAAUAACGUGGUAUCAAGAGUUGAAUCACAUGAUGAAGUUUCAUUAACUGAUGAAGAUUUAAAUAAAUCUGGUUUAAAAUUUAAUGAAACUCAAAUCAAAGAGUACUUCUCCAAGUUAAGUGAUGAAUCAAUCCAAUUAUUUUUAACCAAAACUGGUCAUGGUACUGAUAUCAAUCAUGAUAAUAAAGAUGCUUUAACUUUUGACUUGAAAUUCUUUUUGGAUAAAAUUAUCUUAUUAUCAAAUGAACAAACGUUAGAAAUUUUAACCCAUGCAAUUCAUGAACAUGAAGGUGAUGCAAAUUUCCCAAUUAAAGAUUGGAAUUUUAUCAAUGAUUUGAUUGAUCAAAAUAAAUUAGAAUUGAAUUAUGAAAUCAAUUUUGAAGCAAAAUUAACUGCAGUGUUAAUUAAAUAUCAUUCACCUUACCCUGAGGUUCGUUCUGUUACUGAAAUUGUUGAUGAUUUAAAUGAACCAGUUGAAACUAUUAGAUCUUAUACAUUAGCUAUAAUUUGGUUAAUUAUUGCAUGUGGUAUUAAAGAAUUUUUUUCUCAUAGAUUCCCUUCAAUUGCUUUAAGUUCUGGUGUUGUUUCAAUUUUAAUGUAUUCAAAUGGUAAAUUAUGGGAAUAUGUUGUUCCAAAUUAUAAAUUUAAACUCUUUGGUAAAAAAUUUGAAUUAAAUCCUGGUCCUUAUACUUUUAAAGAACAAAUGUUUGCUUCUUUAAUGACAAGUGUUGCUAAUUCAAAUGUUUAUGUCUCAUAUAAUAUUGUUACUCAAGUUAAAUUUUAUGAACAAAAUUGGCCAUUAAAUUUUGGGUUCCAAUUUCUUUUAUCUAUAUCAACUCAAUUAAUGGGGUUUUCAUUUGCUGGUAUCUUGAGAAAAUUUGUUGUUUACCCAGUUAGAUCAAUGUGGCCAACAGUCUUACCUACAAUUGCAUUAAAUAGGGCAUUAUUAAAACCUGAAAGAAAAGAAAUUAUUAAUGGAUGGAAAGUUUCUAAAUUUAAAUUUUUUUGGACAGCUUUUGGCUCAAUGUUUUUAUAUUUUUGGAUUCCAAAUUAUUUAUUUCAAGCUUUAUCAAGUUUUAGUUGGAUUACAUGGAUUAAACCAAAUGAUUUUAAAUUAUCAAUGGUUACUGGUUUUAGCUCAGGUUUAGGUUUUAACCCAAUCUCAACUUUUGAUUGGAAUGUUGCUACAGCAGUUAUAAGUCCUUUAGUUUUACCAUUUUAUGUUAGUAUGAAUGUAUUCUUGGGUAUGAUUGUUUCAUUUAUAACAAUUUUGGGGAUUUAUUUCACAAAUUAUAAAUGGUCAGGUUAUUUACCAAUAAAUUCAAAUGCAAUUUUCACAAAUACAGGUAAGACAUUUGCAGUGCAAAAUGUUUUAACUGAUGGUUUAUUAGAUGAUGAAAAAUAUCAAAAUUAUUCACCACCUUUUUAUUCAGCUGCAAAUAUUAUGGUUUAUAGCUCAUUCUUCAUGUUUUAUCCAUUUGCAUUUCUUUAUAAUUCUUUCAAAGAAUGGAAUACCAUUAAAUUUGCAAUUUUAUUCAUUUAUGAUAAUGCAAAAGAAUCAAUUAGCUCAAUUAAACCACGUCGGUUUGUGAAGAUUCGUACAAAUAGUGAUGUUGAUCCAUCAAAUGAAAAAUCUACAGAAGUUAAUAAAGGUCUUGCAAACUCAACUUUAUCAAGAUUUGAGGAUCCACAUUCUAAAAUGAUGGCACAAUAUAAAGAAGUUCCUGAUUCAUAUUAUUGGUUAAUUUUAAUCAUUUCAUUAGUACUUUGUAUUCUUUGUGUUAAAGUUUAUCCAGAGACAAAGACACCAGUUUGGGGUAUUUUCUUCACUGUUGCUAUCAAUUUUGUUUUCUUGAUUCCAUUUUGUAUUUUACUUUCAGUUACAGGUAUUCAAAUGGGUUUAAAUGUUCUUGUUGAAUUAAUUGUUGGUUAUGCUUUGCCAGGUAAUGGUACUGCAUUAAUGAUUUUAAAAGCACUUGGUUAUAAUAUUGAUGGACAAGCUGAAAAUUUCAUAUCAUGUCAAAAAACUGCACAUUAUACAAGAAUUCCAAUUAGAGCUGUUUUCAGAGGUCAAUUAAUCGGUUCAGUUAUUCAAGUUUUUGUAUUUUUAGGUGUUGUUAAUUGGUCAAUGUCAAAUAUUGAUGGUAUGUGUGAUUUAAAACAACCACAAAAAUUCAUUUGUGCAAAUGAACGUACAUUUUAUGCUUCAAGUGUCUUUUGGGGUGUUAUUGGUCCAAAGAAAAUCUUUGAUGGUCUUUAUCCAACAAUGAAAUAUGCAUUUUUAAUUGGGUUCUUGGUUGCAUUAGUAUUUAUUGCAAUUAGAAAAUUUGCACCAAAUUUAUUACCAAAUAAUUUUGAACCUUCAGUUUUCAUUACAGGUUUAUUACAUUAUGCACCAAGAAAUAUGUCAUAUAUUAUUCCAACAAUGUAUUUAGCUUUUGGUUUUACAUUUUAUAUUAAAAGAAGAUAUAUUGCAUGGUUUGAAAAAUAUAAUUAUGUUUUAUCUGCUGCCUUGGAUGCUGGUGUUGCAUUUUCAGCUGUAAUUAUAUUCUUUGCAGUUCAAUAUCAUCCUAAAGUCAUUUCAUGGUGGGGGAACAAUGUUGUUAAUUUAGGUAUUGAAGGUGGUGAUGGUCAAACUACUUUAUAUAACAUUACUGAGACUGAAAGAGGUUAUUUUGGACCUGAACGUGGUCAUUUCCCAUAA